AAUAAACUAUUCAGGCAUAGCUUGUUUAAACCUUGCUUGCCUAGCCACUGCGCUUUGAAACGUACCUUAGCAGGUCCCGAUCACUCCGCAAACAUGCCCGUCGUCGCUUUCGCUGAUAUUGGCAAGGCCGCCAAGGGCCUGCUGGGUGGCGACAAGGCCACUGGCACUUUCCAGUUUGACCCCAAGGUCUCAGUCAGCAGCACCACCAGCUCUGGCGUCUCUCUGACGGCGUCGGCCACCCAGAAGGCUGACAAGGUCGAGGCUACGCUGAAGGCAGCCUACUCCACGAAGAAGUACUCCGUGGAUGUUGCGAUUGACCCGUCCAGCAAGGUCACGGCCUCCGCUUCCGUGAGCGAGGUCGCGCCCGGCAUCAAGCUCUCCCUGUCCACGGUUGUGCCGGACCCCAAGACCGCUAAGCUGACCCUGGACUACUCCAUGCCCUACCUGGCCCUGAAGUCGACCAUUGGCCUCACGGCUACCCCCGUUGUCGACCUGGCUGCCUCGACUGGCUACCAAUCCUUCGUCCUGGGCGCCGAGACGAGCUACGACACCGCCAAGUCUGCUCUCUCCAAGUACAACGUCGCCCUUGGCUACCACGCCGCCGACUUCCAGGUCGCCGCCCUCCUGGCUGACCAGGCCAAGACCCUGAAGCUGUCGUACGCCCACAACCUCACCCCGGUCAGCACCGUGGGCGCUGAGGUCACCCGCAAGCUGUCCAGCAGCGACACCACCUUCGCGCUCGCCUACGCGCGCAAGCUCAAGAGCGGCGCCCUCACCAAGGUCAAGCUGGACGGCACCGGCCUGCUGUCCGCUCUGUACGAGACCAAGCUGACCAGCGGCGAGAAGAUCGCGGGCUCCCUGCAGCUGCAGGCUACCGACCUCAGCAAGCCCGUCAAGUACGGCUUCGCUGUGGACCUGGCGUAAGGCCCUGCGGUGCAGCAACGUAGCCGUGUGCAUUUGGAGGAGAAGGGGGGCAUGCAAGGGUGCUGGGUUGUGGCUGCUUUCUGGCGGCCGCAACUCUGCAUAAAGCGGUGAAUGGCUCUCUGGCGGGCGCAGCAGCGGUAUGGCAGCAGCAGCAGGUAGCGGGUUGGGGUGUGCAUGGAGCGCGUCAAGAGUGGGUUGCGUGAGACCCCUCACAGGUGAAGCAGCAAGCAGCGUGGCGGGAGGGUCAACACACCUCGAACAACAACAACGAAUGCCGCGUUGUUUAGGUCAUCAGCCGCGCUCGCUUGUUGCUGCCAAAGGGGCUUUGCGGCAGCUGAGGUGCACCUGGCGGGUUCGUUCGUGUAGUGUGUGUGCAUCGAGGAGGUGGGGCAGGCGCACUUCGCUGAGCGGCCCUGUUCCCCUUCUUGAGGCUUACAGACUGCUCGUUUGCGGAUCUUGGGGCACAGAACAGAAGGGGUUCGGUGCAGCAAGGUCGUGCCUGCUUAGGAUCCCCGGGUGCCGAUUGCCUGUUGUGGUUUGCUUGGGGCUGUUUGCGUCCGUUGGAAUGACGUUUUGGCAACUUUCGUAACGCUGUGAUGAAAGGCCUACGUUUCAUCGCUUUCUACCUUUUGACAUCUAACCACGACUUGAAUACUGACUGUGUGUCUGCUUAACGGCAGCUCCUGUAACGAGACUCCAGUUGCUUUGCGCACAUGUUUUGAACCGUAUAUCAGGCUUAUGGGGCGAAGCAGUAUGUAAAGCAUGCUAGGCGGUUUGCUAGUUUUAUGACUCACAAAACCGCUGAUUACCGAUAAAGUGGAGCUCGUUCUGGGCCGUACGUCUUCUCUACCUCUCUCCACCAACUCCUGCUUGACGACGUCACCCACAUUUACAAGUUGGGCUUCUUGAUCAAGCGAGCUACAAAACUACACGUGGC